UUUUUUGGGGUUUCGUCGAGAAUUCGAUUUUGGUUUCUUUCGAAACUUGGUCAAAUGUCGAAUACGCGUUACAAAGAACAAACCUUUAUCUCUUUAUUUCGUUUGUCUUCGUCAACGGCUGAAUCAACCAAAUGGUCGGUCCCUGGGUUUAAUAAACCUCUAAUAAUAAUGGCUUUGCUUUUACUCUGAUGACUUGUUCAAAAAUGGAACAAAGAUCACUCCUUUGCUUCCUUUACCUUCUCAUACUCUUCAAUUUUACUCUCAGAGUCGCCGCAAACGUCGAAGGUGAUGCUUUAACUCAGCUGAGAAACAGUUUAUCAUCAGGUGACCCAGCAAACAAUGUACUCCAAAGCUGGGAUGCUACUCUUGUUACUCCAUGUACAUGGUUUCAUGUUACUUGCAAUCCUGAGAAUAAAGUUACUCGUGUUGACCUUGGGAAUGCAAAACUAUCUGGAAAACUGGUUCCAGAACUUGGUCAGCUUUCUAACUUGCAGUACUUGGAGCUUUAUAGCAAUAACAUUACUGGGGAGAUACCUGAGGAGCUUGGCAACUUGAUGGAACUAGUAAGCUUGGAUCUUUACGCGAACAGCAUAAGUGGUCCCAUCCCUUCGUCUCUUGGCAAACUAGGAAAACUCCGGUUCUUGCGUCUUAAUAACAAUAGCUUAUCAGGAGAAAUUCCAAUGACUUUGACUGCUGUGCAGCUGCAAGUUCUGGAUAUCUCAAACAAUCGGCUCAGUGGAGAUAUUCCUGUUAAUGGUUCCUUUUCGCUCUUCACUCCUAUUAGUUUUAUGAAUAAUAACUUAACGGCGCCUGCUGAACCUCCGCCUACUUCCACUUCUCCUACGCCACCACCACCUUCAGGGAGUCAAAUGACUGCAGCAAUAGCAGGGGGAGUUGCUGCAGGUGCAGCACUUCUAUUUGCUGUUCCAGCCAUUGCGUUUGCUUGGUGGCUCAGAACAAAACCACAGGACCACUUUUUUGAUGUACCUGCUGAAGAAGACCCAGAGGUUCAUUUAGGACAACUCAAAAGGUUUACCUUGCGUGAACUGUUAGUUGCUACGGAUAACUUUAGCAAUAAAAAUAUAUUGGGUAGAGGGGGUUUCGGUAAAGUGUAUAAAGGACGUUUAGCCGAUGGCAAUCUAGUGGCUGUGAAAAGGCUAAAAGAAGAACGUACCAAGGGUGGGGAACUGCAGUUUCAAACCGAGGUUGAGAUGAUCAGUAUGGCCGUUCAUAGGAACUUGCUUCGGCUUCGUGGCUUUUGCAUGACUCCAACUGAAAGAUUACUUGUUUAUCCCUACAUGGCUAAUGGAAGUGUUGCUUCGUGUUUAAGAGAGCGUCCUGAAGGCAAUCCACCACUUGAUUGGCCAAAAAGAAAGCAUAUUGCUCUGGGAUCAGCAAGAGGGCUCGCGUAUUUACAUGAUCAUUGUGACCAGAAAAUCAUUCACCGGGACGUGAAAGCUGCAAAUAUAUUGUUAGAUGAAGAGUUUGAAGCUGUUGUUGGAGAUUUUGGGCUCGCAAAAUUAAUGAAUUAUAACGACUCCCAUGUGACAACUGCUGUACGUGGUACAAUUGGCCAUAUAGCCCCUGAGUAUCUUUCGACAGGAAAAUCUUCUGAGAAAACUGAUGUUUUUGGGUAUGGGGUCAUGCUUCUCGAGCUCAUCACUGGACAGAAAGCUUUUGAUCUUGCUCGGCUUGCAAAUGAUGAUGAUAUCAUGUUACUCGACUGGGUGAAAGAAGUGUUGAAAGAGAAGAAGCUGGAAAGCCUUGUAGACGCAGAGCUUGAAGGAAAGUACGUGGAAGCAGAAGUGGAGCAGCUGAUUCAAAUGGCUCUGCUCUGCACUCAAAGUUCUGCAAUGGAACGUCCAAAGAUGUCAGAAGUGGUGAGAAUGCUGGAAGGAGAUGGUUUAGCUGAGAGAUGGGAAGAAUGGCAAAAGGAGGAGAUGCCAAUACAUGAUUUUAAUUAUCAAGCCUAUCCUCAUGCUGGCACUGAAUGGCUCAUCCCCUAUUCCAAUUCCCUUAUCGAAAACGAUUACCCCUCAGGUCCAAGAUAACCUUUAAGAAAGGGUCAUUUCAUGUGGGUUCUUCAACAAGUAUAUAUAUAGAUUGGUGAAGUUGUAAGAAGCCAAAACCCACAUUCACCUUUGAAUAUCAAUACUCCAACAGUAACUCAUCUCUAUAAUAUAGAAUUAAUUUUGGCUUUAUAGACCAAUAAAGAUUA